CAUCUCACCGCGUUGCAUGCUGGGCAAAGUGAACCUGCAAUUCCUGUGUUAUGUCGGGUAUUUUUCUUUCGGUCUGUGGUAACUGAAGCCUGUCUUGUGCAGAAUGGCGUUAACUCUGUUCGAACGUUUACUAUCAUGGAUACUGCGCACAAUUGUAAGGAUGCUGAAUGGGUUUUUAAUGCUAACUACGUCCCAGCGAAAGUCUGACGGGUCUGCGCGACUCCCACCAAUCACCAACCCACUUUUGACGGCAACGGCGAUGCAACUCGCUCGUAAGAUUCGUCGUAAAGAGGUGACAAGCGUGGAGGUGGUGCAGGCCUACAUUGACCGAAUCCAGGAAGUCAACCCUAUAGUAAACGCUUUGGUGAAGGACCGCUUUUCGGCUGCAUUACAGGAGGCCUCUCAAGUGGACAAGCUCAUCGAGGAGGAGACCGGAGGAGAGGAGGUGCUGGAGGACCGGCUCCCCCUGCUGGGGGUUCCAUUUACUGUCAAAGAGGCUUUUGCCUUACAGGGUAUGCCAAAUUCCACAGGGCUGAUCUCCAGGAAAGAUGUCAUUUCACCCAAUGAUGCUCCGACUGUGGCCUUGCUAAAGAGAGCAGGAGCCAUCCCCCUGGGUGUGACCAACUGUAGUGAGCUGUGCAUGUGGCUGGAGUCUCACAACCACCUGUAUGGUAUCACCCGAAAUCCCUACGACUUAGGGAGGAUAGCUGGAGGAAGCUCCGGAGGAGAAGGAAGUAUUUUGGGGGCUGGUGGCUCUGUAAUUGGUAUUGGUUCAGAUAUUGGGGGAAGCAUACGCAUGCCGUGUUUUUUCAACGGCAUCUUUGGGCACAAACCUACUGCAGGAAUCGUCCCCAAUGAGGGGCAGUACCCGCCUGCCUCUGGGCAGCAGCUGGGGUUUCUCUGCACAGGCCCCAUGUGCCGCUACGCUGAUGACCUGAUCCCCAUGCUGAAGAUCAUGGGAGGCUCCAACACAGAGAGGUUGUGUUUGUCUUCAGAGGUUGAUUUGAAGACCUUAAGAUUCUUUUCAGUCCCACACGACGGUGGCUCUCCAUUGGUGUCUCCAGUGGAUCCGGAACUUGUUGAAGUCCAGAGAAGAGUAGUAGAGCACCUUGAGGCUGAACUGGGGGUCAGAGUUCAAAAAUUAUGUAUCCCUCAGCUGAAAUACUCCUUUCAGAUAUGGGGAGCGAUGAUGUCAUGUCCUGGAAAAGAUGGAAAGACACCCACUACCUUUGCUGAACUCAUGGCAGACAGAGGUAGUAGAAUAUGGCCUUUGUGGGAGCUCUUCAAGUGGAUGCUUGGACUGUCUUCUCACACCAUGGCUGCCAUAGGCUUGGCGUUAGUGGAGAUGUUCCAGAGCACGCGGCCGUCGUCCUUCAUUCUGAAGCAGAGGGAGACACUGCAGAGGGACCUGGAGGAGAUGCUGGGCACAGACGGUGUGCUGCUGUACCCCUCGCACCCCCGCUUAGCUCCACAGCACCACCACCCGCUCCUCACACCUUUCAACUUCUCCUACACUGGCAUCUUCAACAUACUAGGCCUCCCGGUGACCCAGUGUCCUCUUGGGCUCAGUAACGAGGGGUUGCCUCUUGGAGUGCAGUUGGUAGCAGGGAAACUGCAGGACCGAUUCUGCUUAGCCACUGCAGCGUACCUAGAGAAAGCCUUUGGAGGCUGGACGGACCCAGGCAAAGGUUCAGCAGCACCCAGCCCCAGAGCACCUUAGAUACAAAAAUGUCACAAUGACACUAAGUUACAAAAUAUUGGUCACUUUACUGUUUGCUGUCAAAUAAACAUGGGUCGUAAAAUUCAGUUUUUUUUUUUCAAAAUGAAUGUAAUUUGUGAAGGAAUGGAAUCAUAUGUUUGGUGAUAUCAAUAAUGUAUAAUUAUAUAUUUGUGCAAACCGUAUCAAUAAAAAGGUCUUGUACAAUGUAA